GAAGGGACAGGCUGGCUGGUAACAGGGUGAUCAGGAGAGAGUGAGUGAGUGAGAGUUUGACAGAGAGCAGUGUGUGAUUUCAGAUCUUCUACCAGGUGAAUCUCUCACCCAGGGAGGUAGCACACUGUGACAGCGGUAUCAACCAGACUCAGACAGAGAAUUGGAAGAAAGCCAUGUAUCUACCCAGGCCAGAGAACCAGCCGUAAAAGACAAAAAGCGGUCUCCCCCUUCGGACAGGCCUCCCACCUCCCCCCACGCCAACCCUCACCAUAGUGCCUCCCCAGAGGACCAGGAGAGCCCGGAGAGAGUGGUUCAGAAAGAGAAACUGCAUGCAGAGCUGAAACAGGUGCUGAGUCUGAAGAGAAGUCACCUGAAAGAGUCGUCUCGUUUGGCCCAAGCAGAGAUGGAUUCUUCAACAGACGCCCAAGCAGUGGAGGAGACAGCAUCUGAGGAGGUGGAGGUUGUGGUAGAGACAGAGGCUGAGGCUGGAGCCAGUGGCUACAGUGUCACAGGUGGAGGGGAGCGAGGCCUCUUCAUUAAGGACGUCCUUAAAGACUCCACUGCAGCAAAGCAUCUUAGCCUCCAGCAAGGAGAUCAGUUGCUCAGUGCAAGAGUCUACUUUGACAAUGUGAAGUAUGAGGAUGCCCUGAAGAUCUUGCAGUGUGCAGAGCCUUAUAAAGUCUCCUUUUUCCUGAAGAGGACCAUCACCGGCGCUGAUGUCACCAUGCACCCUGGCACCACCAGCAUGGAACUGAAAGGACCCAAAACCAAGAUGCAGAAAAUGAGUGUCAAGAGCAUCAAACCUUUCAAAGCGAAGAAAAAGAGGGGAGGACGUUUUGGAUUGAAAAGGCUGAAGGAAAACAAGAAAGGGAGCACUGGAGCAGAGUUGGAGGGAUCGCCUUCCAAAGUGGAGCUCAACCCCGUCGACGUGGAGUUUGCCUUCCCCAAGUUCAAGCUGAGGAAGGAUGGGAAGGCAGAGGGAACUGAGCAGCAUGGAGGAGUGGUCGCCACUGGCAGGAAGAAGAGGAUGAUAAGGUGUCCCAGGAUGAACGCAAAGGGUGCUGAGGUGGCUACAGGAGAAGUUGACAUGACGCAACCAGAGGGACAGGCUGACGUCUCCCGGCCAGACGUGCCUGGAGCUAAGGCCAAAGUCAAAGGAAAGGGCCACAGGUUCGGAAUUCAUUUCCCUAAAACAAAAAAGACAACAUCGGACACUGCCUUGUCUGAAGGGUCUCUGGAGCUGAAACCUCCAGAUGUCAAAUUCACACCACCCUCAGUGGAAUUCAGUUCGCCAUCUGGAAACAAGGAAGUCACCCUACAGAAACCAGAAGUGAAAGUCAAGGAGGGGUCAAAGUUUAUGCACCGAGAGGUAGAGCUUUCACUAGGACUCCCCUCAGCCCGACCUUCUGAUGAAAUUGAUGGUGAGAUAAAAGCAAAAGGUUUAGCUGAAGGAGUUGAAGGGUCAACAGGCCUGCCUGGCAUUAAAAUGCCAGCUAUUGACAUCUCUGCACCCAACAUCGAUCUGCAGCUGGACACCCGGAGUAGAGUGCCAGACAAGAUAGAGGGACCCUUUUUUAAAGGGCCAAAUAUAUCCAUGCCAAAAACUGACAUCUCACUACCAAAGAUUGGAUCAUCUGAUAUGGAUAUUGAAGGUCCAGAAAAGGGUGGAAAAAUGAGCUUACCAGCUGUUGACAUUUCACUGCCAAAGAUGACAUCAGGAGAAGCAAAUGUUGAUGUGGAAGGACACAUUGGAAAGGGAGGCAAGUUCAAAAUGCCAACUUUCGAUGUUUCUCUUCCAAAAUUCAAGUCUUCAGAGGAGGACAUGAAUAUAGAGGGGCCUGAAGUCAAAGGAGAGUUCAACAUGCCAAAAGUUGACCUUUUACGCCCGAAAGGUAAAGCGGGGGGUGAGGUAGACAUUGAAGGAUAUUUAGGAAAAGGAGGUACAUUUCAGAUGCCCACAUUUGACAAUUCUCUACCAAGAAUGAAGUCAUCAGACAGAGAAAUUAAUGUAGAAGGACCUGAAGUGAAGGGUGGCAAAAUUCAAAUGCCCUAUGCUGACAUAUCUCUCCCUAAAGGAAAAACAGAGGGGAAAAUGAACAUUGAGGGACAUUCUGGAAAAGGAGGCAAGUUCAAAAUGCCCUCGUGUGACGUUUCCCUUUCUAAAAUGUUGGGCAAUGCUAGUUUCGAGGGACCUGAAUUGAAAGGGGGAAAGUUAGAAAUGCCCACACUUGAUAUUUCCCUUGCUAGAGGAAAAGCAGAGGGUGAAGUCAAUAUUGAUUCAAAUGUAGGAAAAGAAGGAAUGCUCAAAACGCCCACAAUUGACAUUCCUCCUCCAAAAAUGAGGUCGUCAGGAACAGAAGUCGUUGUAAAAGGGCCUGAUGUAAAAGGAGGAAAGUUCCACAUGCCACAAGUAGACAUUUCACUUCCCAAAGGCAAAAGCGAAAUUGACAUUGAGGGAAAGCCUGAAAAAAGAGGGAAGAUUCAAAUGUCCUCAUUUGAUGUCUCACUUCCAAAAAUAAAGUCAGCAGAGGGUGACAUGAAAAUAGAAGGAUCUGAUGUGAAAGGCAUCACAUUUCAUAUGCCCACUAUAGAUUGUUCACUUCCAACAGGAAGAACAGAAGUUGACAUCAGCGUUGAAGGAGAAGCAUCUAAAGGCGGAAAGUUUCACAUGCCUUCGCUUGAUAUUUCUCCUCCGACAGUGAAGUUCCCAGAGGGUAAAGCGAAAGUAAAAGGCCCUGAACUCAAAGGGGGAAAGGUCGAGAUAACAAAUAUCGAAGUGUCCCUUCCAAAAGGCAAAACAGCGGGAGAAGUUAACAUUGAAGGACAUGUCAGUAAAGGGGGAAAGUUUAAGAUGCCCAAAUUUGGCAUUUCUUUCCCUAAAUUUAAGUCACCAGAGGGUAAGGUCAACACAGAGGGACCUGAAGUCAAAGGAGGGAAGUUUCACAUGCCUAAAAUUGACAUUUCACUACCAAAAGUAAAAAUGGAAGGUGACAUCAAAGUUGAAGGAGAUUCUGACAUUUCCCUUCCAAAAAUGAAGUCACCAGAAGCAGAUAUCCUUUUAGAAGGACCAGACCUCAAAGGAGGAAAGUUUCAUGUGCCAACAAUUGACCUUUCACUUCCAAAAGGAAAGGGAGCAAUUGACACUGAAGAACAUUCUGGAAAAGGAGGCAAGUUCCAAAUGCCAGCAUUUGAUAUAUCACUUCCAAAAAUGAAGACACCAGAUGGUGAAGUCAGCCUAGAAGGCCCUGAAGUCAAAGGGGGGAACAUUGAUAUGCCAACGAUGAACAUUUCUCUUCCAAAAGGAAAAAUGGAGGGAGAAAUUGACAUUGAAGAACAUUCUGGAAAAGGAGGACGAUUUCAUAUGCCUACAUUUAACGUUUCCCUUCCAAAAAGGAAGUCACUAGAAGAAUAUGUCAGUUUAGAAGGACCGAGUGUCAAAGGAGGGAAGUUUCAUAUGCCCACAAUGGACUAUUCCCUUCCCAAGGGAAAGGGUGAGAUUGAAACUGAAGGACAUUCUGGAAAAGGAGGAAAGUUUCAUACGCCCGAGUUUGAUGUAUCGCUACCAAAAAUGAAGCUCCCAGAGUGGGACAUCAAACUAGAAGGACCGGAAGGCAAAGGCAGUAAAAUACAUAUGCCUAACAUUGAUAUUUCUCUUCCUGAAGGGAAAACUGAAAGAGAUAUUCAGGUUGAGGGGCAUGGUGGCAAAGGGGGGAAGUUUCACAUGCCCUCAAUUGACAUUUCCCUUCCAAAAAUGAAGUUGCCUGAAGGUGAAGUCAAAGUAGAAGGUCCAAAAGCCAAAGGGGGAAAGAUUGAAAUGCCAAAGAUUAAUAUUUCACUUCCAAAAGGAAAAACAGAAGGGGAAAUAGACACUGAAGGACAUUCUGAGAAAAAAGGAAAGUUUCACAUGCCCACAAUCGACAUGUCCUUACCAAAAAUGAAGUCAAAAGAUGGUGAAAUUAAAUUAGAGGGUCCAGAAGUGACAGGCAGUAAAAUACAUAUGCCUAAUAUAGACAUUUCUCUUCCAAAGGUGAAGGCGGAAAGUGAUAUUGAGGUAGAGGGGUAUGGUGGUAAAGGGAGAAAGUUUCACAUGCCCUCACUUGACAUUUCUCUUCCAAAAAUGAAGUUACCUGAGGGUGAAGAUAAGUUGGAAGGCCUUGAAGCCAAAGGUGGAAAGUUUGAAAUGCCAAAGAUUGAUAUUUCACUCCCAAAAGGAAAAGCAGAGGGAGAAACUGACAUAGAAGGACAUUCUGGUAAAGGAGGAAAGUUUAAAAUGCCCAAGUUUGAUGUGUCACUACCAAAGAUGAAGCACCCAGAAGGUGAUGUCAAAGAAGGCCUUGAAGUCAAAGGUGGGAAGUUUGAAAUGCCCAAAAUUGAAGCAGAGGGUAGGAGUGGAGUCAAGUUACCAACUGUUAAACUGCCAACGGUAGACAUAUCUGCACCGAAGGUUGACUUAGACUUUGGGCUGUCAAAAGCUAAAGGAGAUGAUAGGGAAGAGAUGGAGCUACUAAAAGCAGAGGGUGGUAGGCCAUCCUCUGGGUCAAGUUUUGACAUGCCAGAUGUCUCUCUCAAAAUGCCAAGAUUUUCUCUCCCUAAAUUUGGUAGAAAGUCUAGUGGAAAUGUAAACCUAGAAGGAUAUGGCAAAGAGGACGAUAUUGAUAUUAGCCCCCCACGAGUGGAUGGUGAGGGCAGACCAGCAUCAGUGGAAAUAGGCGGAGAUGGAAAAAUAAAAGGUAAACUAAGGAAGCCCAAAAUGAAAAUGCCAACUUUUGGAAUAUCUAAGAAAGAUGUAUCAAUAGCCAGCCCUGAUGUGGAAAUCAAGACAGAAAAGGGGAAAGUUGACAUUCCAACGCCAGGGAUCAGUGUAGAAAAUCCAGCAGACAAAACAAAUAGAAAAUAUAGACUAAAAUUCCCAAAGUUUAAGAAGUCAUCUCCUAAAGGUAAACUACCAGAGGGAGAGAUAGAUGCCUCAUUGGAUAGUGGAAUGGAGGGGAAAGCUGGCUUUCAUGCACCUGAUGUUACAAUCAAAAUGCCCAAGUUCUCCAUGCCAGGGUUUGGCUCAAAGGAGACAGACUUUGACAGGAGUGGGAAAAGUGCUGAACUAGAAGCUAAAGGAAAGGUCAAAAUGCCAUCAGUGGAGAUAUCCUUGCAAGCUGCCAAGACAUCUGAGCAAGAAAUGUUAAUCCCAGAUGUAUCUGAGGCUGACAUCAGUGGUUAUGAAGGAAACCUGAAAAUCCCUAAAAUGCCAACUAUUGAUGUAUCAGCCCCCCAUAUUGAUCUAGAUGUAACUCUGCCUAAAGUCAAGCAUGAAACAAACAUUGACGGGGAGGGAGGCAAAUUUAAAAUGGCAAACAUCAAAAUGCCUGAUAUAGAUGUAUCACAUCCUAUAGGAAAAACUGGUGACAUUGAUGCAUCCAAAGUGAAACUUGAGGGAGGGGGUGGAAAAUUCAAGAUGCCUGGCAUUAAAAUGCCAAAGGUAGACAUAUCACUUCCAAAAGUAAAACAUGGAGAAAUUGAUGUAUCCACGGUGGAAAUUGAAGGAGAAGGUGGAAAAUUCAAGAAGCCACAUAUGGAAAUGCCAAAUUUUGAUAUAUCACUUCCCAAAGGAAAAAGUGGAGGGAUUGAAGGGCCAAAGAUGGAAAUUGAAGGAGGGGGCGGAAAUUUCAAAAUGCCACAUAUGAAAAUGCCAAAGGUAGACUUCUCACUUCCGAAGGGAAACCAUGGAGACAUCAGUGCACCAGAAAUGGAAGGAGAAGGUGGAAAAUUCAAGAUGCCAUAUAUGAAAAUGCCAAAUAUUGAUAUAUCACUUCCGAAAGGAAAAAUUGGAGACAUUGAAGGACCAGAAAUGAAAAUUGAAGGAGGGGAUGGGAAAUGUAAGAUACCACAUAUGAAAAUGCCAAAUGUAGACAUAUCACUUCCAAAAGGAAAAAGUGGAGAUAUUAAUGCACCUGUAUUGGACAUUGGAGGAGAAGGUGGAAAAUUCAAGAUGCCACAUAUGAAAAUGCCAAAUAUUGCUAUAUCACUUCCCAAAGGAAGAAGUGGAGGGAUUGAAGGACCAGACAUGGAAAUUCCGGGAGGGGGAGGAAAAUUGAAGAUGCCACAUAUGAAAAUACCAAAGGUAGACUUAUCAAUUCCGAAGGAAAAGUCUGGAGACAUCAGUGCACCAGAAAUUGAAAUGGAAGGAGAAGGAGGAACGUUCAAGAUGAAAAUGCCAAAUAUUGAUAUAUCACUUCCAAAAGGAAAAACUGGAGACAUUGAAGGACCAGAAAUGGAAAUGGAAGGACGAAAAUUCAAGAUGCCACAUAUGAAAAUGCCAAAUGUUGAUAUAUCACUUCCAAAAGGAAAAAGUGUAGAAAUUGAAGGACCAGGGAUGGAAAUUGGAGGAGGAGGUGGAAAAUUCAAGAUGCCACAUAUGAAAAUGCCAAAUGUUGAUAUAUCACUUCCAAAAGGAAAAACUGGUGAUGUUAAUGAACCUAAUUUGGAAAUUGAGGGAGAAGGAAGAAAAUUCAAGAUGCCACAUAUGAAAAUGCCAAAUGUUGAUAUAUCACUUCCCAAAGGAAAAGGUGGAGAAAUUGAAGGACCAGAGAUGGACAUUGAAGGAGAGGGUGGGAAAUUCAAAAUGCCACAUAUGACAACACCAAAUAUUGGUAUAUCACUUCCAAAAGGAAAAACUGGAGACAUUGAAGGAUCAGAAAUGGAAAUUCAUGGUGAGGGAGGAAAAUUCACGAUGCCACAUAUUAAAAUGCCAAAUAUUGGUAUAUCACUUCCAAAAGGAAAAACGGGUGUUGUUCCUGAACCUAAUUUGGAAAUUGAGGGAAAUGGAGGAAAAUUCAAGAUGCCACAUAUGAAAAUGCCAAAGGUGGACUUAUCACUAACGAAGGGAAAGUCUGGAGACAUCAGUGCACCAGAAAUGGAAAUGGAAGGAGGUGGAAAAUUUAAGAUGCCACAUAUGAAAAUGCCAAAGGUGGACUUAUCACUAACGAAGGGAAAGUCUGGAGACAUCAGUGCACCAGAAAUGGAAAUGGAAGGAGGUGGAAAAUUUAAGAUGCCACAUAUGAAAAUGCCAAAGGUGGACUUAUCACUAACGAAGGGAAAGUCUGGAGACAUCAGUGCACCAGAAAUGGAAAUGGAAGGAGGUGGAACAUUUAAGAUGCCACAUAUGAAAAUGCCAAAUGUUGAUAUAUCACUUCCCAAAGGAAACCGUUUAGAAAUUGAAGGACCAGGGAUGGGAAUUGAAGGAGGGGGUGGAAGAUUUAAGAUGCCACAUAUGAAAAUGCCAAAUGUUGAUAUAUCACUUCCAAAAGGAAAAUCUGGGGAAAUUAGUGCACCAGAAAUGGAAAUGGAAGGAGGAGGAAAAUUCAAGAUGCCAUAUAUGAAAAUGCCAAACAUUGAUAUAUCACUUCCUAAAGGAAAAGGUGGAGAAGUUGAAGGACCAGAAAUGGAAAUUCGUGGAGAGGGAGGAAAAUUCAAGAUGCCACAUAUGACAACACCAAACAUUGAUAUAUCACUUCCAAAAGGAAAAACUGGAGACUUUGAAGGACCAGAAAUGGAAAUUCAUGGAGAGAGAGGAAAAUUAAAGAUGCCACAAAUUCAAAUGCCAAAGGUAGACUUAUCACUUCUGAAGGGAAAGUCUGGAGACAUCAGUGCACCAGAAAUGGAAAUGGAAGGACGAAAAUUCAAGAUGCCACAUAUGAAAAUGCCAAAUGUUGAUAUAUCACUUGCCAAUAGAAAAACUGGUGAUGUUAAUGAACCUAAUUUGGAAAUUGAGGGAGAUGGAGGAAAAUUCAAAAUGCCACAUAUGAAAAUGCCAAACAUUGAUAAAUCACUUCCUAAAGGAAAAACUGGAGACAUUGAAGGAUCAGAAAUGGAAAUUCAUGGUGAGGGAGGAAAAUUCACGAUGCCACAUAUUAAAAUGCCAAAUAUUGGUAUAUCACUUCCUAAAGGACAAGGUGGAGAAAUUGAAGGACCAGAGAUGGACAUUGAAGGAGAGGGUGGGAAAUUCAAAAUGCCACAUAUGACAACACCAAAUAUUGGUAUAUCACUUCCAAAAGGAAAAACUGGAGACAUUGAAGGAUCAGAAAUGGAAAUUGGAGGAGGAGGUGGAAAAUUCACGAUGCCACAAAUUAAAAUGCCAAAUAUUGGUAUAUCACUUCCAAAAGGAAAAACGGGUGUUGUUCAUGAACCUAAUUUGGAAAUUGAGGGAAAUGGAGGAAAAUUCAAGAUGCCACAUAUGAAAAUGCCAAAGGUAGACUUAUCACUAACGAAGGGAAAGUCUGGAGACAUCAGUGCACCAGAAAUGGAAAUGGAAGGAGGUGGAAAAUUUAAGAUGCCACAUAUGAAAAUGCCAAACAUUGAUAUAUCACUUCCCAAAGGAAAAACUGGAGAGAUUAAAGCACCAGAGAUGGAAAUUCAGGCAGAGGGAGGAAAAUUCAAAAUGCCAAAGGUAGAUAUAUCCCUUCCGAAAGGAACGUUUGGAGAAAUUAGAGCACCAGAAAUGGAAGUCGAAGGAGGAAAAUUCGAGAUGCCACAUGUGAAAAUGCCAAAGGUAGAUAUAUCCCUUCCGAAAGGAACGUUUGGAGAAAUUAGAGCACCAGAAAUGGAAGUCGAAGGAGGGAAAUUCGAGAUGCCACAUGUGAAAAUGCCAAAGGUAGACAUAUCACUUCCAAAAGGAAAAAGUGGAGAUGUUAAUGCACCUGUAUUGGAAAUUGAAGGUGAGGGUGGAAGAUAUAAGAUGCCAGAAAUCAAACUGCCAAAUAUAGAUAUUACAUUGCCAAAGGGAAAAUCUGCUGACAUUAAUGCUGAAAUCAAAAAGCCCAACGCUGAGGCAGCAGCAAAGAUUCAAAUGCCUUCGAUUGGCUUACCAAAGUAUACAACUCCCGACCUUGAUUUGGACAUGAAUGUUGGAAAACCCAACCAUGGAGCUGAGGUUCAUGAGAAUAGUUCAGACAAAACUGGUUCCCAUUCAAAGGGAGACCAUAAGAUGAAAAUCAAAAUGCCAACAAUAGACAUAGAGUGCCCAAAAGGAGAUCUGGAGCUCGAUAUAGGCUUCCACAAAGUUGAGGGAAAGAAAGACAUAAAAAUAAUAGAGUUGCCUGACUUAGACCUUAAAACUUCUGGUACCAAAGUUAAGGGGCCAAAAGUCAAAGGCACCAAAUUCAAAAUUGGAAUGCCAAAAAUGAAGAACACUGGAGAUCAAGCAUUAGAUGCAGCCACAAAGAAGACUGAGAAAGAGAAUGAAGGGGUCAGUGGUAGAUUUAUGAUUAAGAGGACAAAGCUUGGCAAAGGUGCAGAUGUGGAGGCAGAUGCGGGGGCAGGUGUUUCUGUGUUGCCAAACAUCUCCCUCCCAGAUGUGGGCUUCUCAGUAUCCAAAGGAGCCAGCCAAGAGGGUGAACCUCAUGGUCCAGAGAUUAGUGCCAAAUUGCCAAAAUUCAAACUCCCUAAUGUGGAGCUCUUAGGUCCUUCAGUAGCAGGCGAAGGAGGAGCACAGAUCAACAGCGGACAACAAGAAGACAAAGGUGGUAUCAAGUUUCAAAUGCCUGUGGGGCUGAAGAGUAAACAAGGCCCUGCCGAGUCCACUGGCACAGAUGCCAGCACCGAGAAUGGAUUCACAUUACCUCAUCUUGGAAUCAAAUCCCCCAAAAUACCAGAUACAGACUUUGAUAUUGGAGCAUCUCAAACUGGGGACCAUGGGGCAGAUACAAGUACGAGACAAAAAAUGAAAAUACCCAAGUUCGGGGUGGCUUUACCUGCUAUUUCUUCACCUGGAGCCAGAGUACAUUUGAAGGACCCAGAUGUUGAGUGUGAAGGCCCUAAAAUGCCCAAAGUUAAAAAAGCUGUAUUUGUUUUGGUGAAUCCCCAAACAGACCACUCCACUAUGUCCACCAGUGUAGAGUCUGGAGAGGCAAACAUCAAAAUGCCAAAGAUCAAAAUGAAGCCAUCGUUUGGAAAGUCAGGAUCCAAGGAAAACAGUGCUGCUUUGAGCAUUGAAGGAGACGUGGAUGGAGAUGACAAGUCAAAGGGAGCAAAGCUAAAAAUGCCCAAAGUCACCUUCUCUCCGGUCAAAACAGGUUCAUUUGAUGUAACCCUAAAAGGUGAGGGGUCGAGUUCCAGCCUCAAUGGUGAGAAAGAUCCAACAUUCCAGAAUGAAUCCAAGGAGGAUAAAGUUAAGUUAGGGAAGCUCAAGCUUCCAAAGAUAGAGUUCUCCUCGCCAUAUUCAAUAAUAGGCAGUGGAGAAGAGGACCUUGAAAUGAGUGCUAAGCUUGUCAAUGAGUCCUCAGGAACUGACAGAGAAACCAAGGGGACGAAAGUGAAAUUAGGCAAAAUGUCCUUCCCGGGAUUUAAGAAGAAGACAGCAAAAGGAGAGGAGGAAACUCAAGACAAUGUGGUGUCCUCAUCGGCCAGGACAGAAAUGCUAAAUUGGGAUAGUUCAGAAUCCCAAACGCCAAUGGUCUCCAUUGGUUUUGUACCAGGGAAGUCUAGGGGGCAGGCAGUGGCUGAGAGCAGCAAAAAGGAGAUGGAAGAAGGAGAGCAGUCAACCUGGUUCAAGGCCCCCAAAUUCAACCUGAAACCCCACUCGACAGGAAUCCUCCACAUUACACCAGAAGGUUCUCCCCAGGGUAGCAGAUCCUCGCUCCAGUGCCAGGGUUUAGAUGAAACUGCUGGUACCUUCCGGCUCCAAAUGCCAAGCAUGCGGUUCUCCACCCACGAGGUGUCUGAGGAGAAUGUUACUACAACAAAGAAGGGAACAGUAACCGUGGUGACAAAGACAACAAAACAUACGGUAACAGAGUCCAGAACUGGUCAAACCCACACAUCGCUAUCCCAUUGUAAUGACUAAAGUCCGAAGAGAUGUGAGAGUAAUAUAUUUUUCCUCUUUCCUGUUGUGACGACUGUUUUUGUGAUUUUGUUCCGCCACGUUUUUUCCCCUUCUAUUUUAGUCUUUAUCAUAUUUGAUGGUUUUACUGGUUUAAAUCUGAAUAUCAAUUAAUUAUGUAUUGUUGUUCAUAUAUUUUUGGGGGGCAAAAAUACCACACAUUUUAAUUUCCAAAAGGAAAUGUCUUUUUUUCAAUGCCUUCCCAUUUGAUUUACCAACAUUUACCUGGGCAUGAUUGUAGAGUUAGACUGACAAAGAACACACACCAAUAUAUCAAAAGCAAUUUGUAUGUAAAUACAAAAACAUGUCAUUAUUUUCAUAUUACCGAUGAUAGGAAUAGUAACAAGGACAUUAGUGAUUUGUGUUAAUGUAUCUGAGGCUUGAGGAUGGUGUGAGAUUUGUGGUUUAAUUAUUUACUUUCUUAAGCUUGUUUUUUCUUUCUGAUAUAUUAAGAUUUUUGUAAUUAUACCAUACAUUGAAAUGUAAUAUUAAAGGCUUCUACAGUGCAAUACAUUUCAACACUCUCUAUGAGAAUCAAGAUAAAAUAAUAGGAAACUAUCAUCUGAUAUUAAGGUUAAUGGUUUAAAGAAACGGAACAUGUACUCUCUUUAAUUGAAAUAUUUCAAAAUUAAUGCAAAACCUCUCACACAAAACAAUGUCUCCAUUGAGACAGUUUAUUGUUCCUUUUCUUUUUUGGUGAAUUAGAAAGUAGAAAUUUAAUGUGUGUGCUAAACUGCAUUGGACGAGUCUCAGCAAUCCUCUGUCAAACAAGUUUACAAGUUUUCAUUAACCAGAUUUAACAUCUGUUGGAGCAAAUAACCAUAUAGAAAUAACCAUAUAGAAUGGUACAUGACAAGGAGAGAACAUGACCAGAUAACAUGGUAUUUAUAUGUAUAGAGACGUUUUUACAAAUACCUUUGUGAUUAGCAUGUUUUCAGUGCAUAUGGCUUCACAAUAUGCAGUUUUCAAAGCAACGUGUUAUCAAGUGGCAUUAUAAAUAAUGUUGUUAAGAGAUCAUAUUAUUAAUAAACCUUAAUAUUCCUAAGAAAAAUAAAAAAA